CAAACACUCAAGACAGUGUUUGACUACAUUUCCAAACACCUCGAAGUUCGUCAAGACGUACUCCGCUACACGUCGUAUUUUUUCAACUCUCUCCUCGGCGUUUGCAAAUGAGGUGGAACAUUCUUUGAUUCAUUUGGGACUGGGUAACAAUAGUUCUGUUUGAAUAUACUCCAUUGCAAUCAGUUAUCACGAACACAGCAUCUACACGCGGUCUAGCAACCUCAAACUCUCUUGCUUUAACUACGUUGAAUUCAGUGGAGAAAUCAUGUUUGUCGUCGAAAGAAACUGGCAAACAACAAGACCCUGCAUCAGAGAAAGAAGCAAGUUUAUGUUCAACAGUAAUCUUUUCAGCGAUGUUAAGUUUGUUGUCCACAGAUCCGAUCACGAAAGUGUAAGUAAACAAGCGAUUCCUGCGCACAAGUUUGUGCUGUCGAUUAGCAGUCCUGUGUUUGAAGCCAUGUUUUACGGUGAGCUGGCGGAGGCUACAGAUUCUAUUGAACUGCCUGACUGUGAAUACGAGAGUCUGUUGGAGUUGUUUCGUUACAUGUACUGUGAUGAAGUGAAUUUGAACCAUAGUAAUGUGAUGGGAGUGUUGUAUUUGGCGAAAAAAUACAUGUUGCCUUCACUGGCUGAUAAAUGUGUGGAAUAUCUGCAAGAUAAUUUAGAUCCGUCCAAUGUUUUCAGCAUCCUACCAUCUGCUCAGAAAUUUGAAGAGAAAAACCUGGUGGAUCAAUGCUGGGAAGUGAUCGAUGAGCAAACAGAAGAGGCUGUGAAUUCAGAUGUAUUUGCAACAAUCGAGAGGUCCUUACUUGAAGAAGUAGUCGUAAGAGAGAGUCUCACGAUUGAAGAGAUAGAGCUGUUUAAAGCGGUUGACUUGUGGGCAACAAGGGAAUGCGAGAGGCAAGGUUUAGCAGCAGUUGGUGCAACGAAAAGAAGAAUACUCAAAGAAGAAGUAAUUAAAGGAAUACGCUUCCCAACACUGAAGAAAGAAGACUUUACUAGUGUGGUGUUAGACUGUGAAAUCCUAACUCCAAAAGAAAUCGUCAAUAUUGUCAAAUAUCUGAAUUCAAUCUCUACUCGGCCUCCUGUGGGUUUUCCGGAAACAAAAAGAUCUGGUUCUGUCCGCGAUAUUCAACGAUGCCGUAGAUUUGGGUCUUCAAGUGCCACAGGUUGGUUCUACAGUGACAAAAAUGAUGCUAUCAGUUUCUCAAUAGACAGCAAAGAUAUUGCGCUACUCGGAGUGUGCUUAUUUGGUAGCGAGAACAAUACUUACGCGGUAGACUUGGACUUAACAAACACUGAGAACACCUCAGUUGUGGUGUCGAAAACUGGAACAUUUUCUUCAGAACUGUUACAGAGCGACCAAUGCAGCUAUUACGGCUUUAGAGUGUUGUUUGACAAGAAAAUCAUUUUAAACAAAAACACUACAUACUGUAUAAGGGCUUCAAUAUUAGGCUCUCCAUCACUACAUGGAUUAAGAUGUGUAAGAUCUGUUCAGUGUUCAGGGGUUACAUUUACAUUUGAGAAUUCUCGAUACCCUAACACUAAUGGAACUACUGUUACUCAGGGUCAAUUUGCGGAAUUAUUGUUUACCUUUAAUUAAAUAUUGAACGAUUUCUGGCGACUCCAGCCAAAGUUUUGGCAAACAAUAUUGGACAUUUUACGCUUAAUUUGAGAUAUUUUUUGAUUUAACCAUUUUAUCGAUAUUGUGCAUACUUCGAGUGACAGCGAUUUGCCAAGUUGUCGCUAAGCAACAGACACGUAAGGUAAGGCAACUUUAUUUUGAGCUGUAAACGUAGGGAGUGCCAGGGGCUCAUGACAAAAACGCACGACUAU